AUGGAGGCCACAGCCCUGACCUUCAACAUGCACUUCAUCGACAUCUACGUCUGCAGCUGGGGCCCGCGGGACGACGGGGCCGAGAUAGACGGCCCCCACCGCCUGACAGCGCGGGCCCUUCGGCUAGGAACUCACGAGGCACGGCUUUCAUCUCCUCGUUCACACUGCUGUCUGUCAGACGGAGAGCAGAGCUUCACGCUGUCAGGCCGGGGUGGGAAGGGCAGCGUGUUUGUGUGGGCGUCAGGUAACGGUGGGAUGCAGCUCGACCACUGCGGCGCCGACGGCUAUGUUAACUCCAUCUACACUAUAGCCAUUGGCGCUGUCACUCAAACGGGGAAGCCCGCCCACUUCGGCGAGCCCUGCCCCGGUGUGAUGGCCGUUACUCUGACAGGGGCCAGCGUGGGAAGCCCCCUACCUCUGGUCACAGUGACCAGCGUAGGGGGCAGUUGUGUCACACACUUUCCAGGAACAUCCAGCGCUGCUCCCAUCGCUGCAGGGAUCCUGGCUCUUGUGUUGGAAGUAAAUCCUGAGCUGACGUGGAGGGAUGUUCAGCAUCUGAUAGCCAACACAGCACAGAUCCCCGACCCCAAAGAGCCUGGCUGGAACAUCAACGCGGCAGGAUACCAUGUCCACCAUAGUGACUACGGUACAGUCCUCCUGGAGGCUGACCAACACACAGACCCAGAGCUCUCCUCCACUGGGCACAAAGGGAGAGAGACGGCUUCAGUCCAGUAUAGCAGGCAGUCUGGAGCAGAGAUAAAGCGGUUUAGCUCCCGAUCACUCAGCCCAGGCUCCGCCUCCCUCUCCAUAUGGCCACAGAAAGCCUCCUCAGCCUCCCCAGGCCUCUGA